ACUCCUUUUACCUAAAGCUGUGUGUCUUUAAGUAUGUGGCCAAUAUUUAUGCAAUUUUUGCGCUCCAAUGCGCCAUAUCUUACCUUGCCAGUAGCGGCAGUUGUUGGUCUCAUAGGAUAUAAUUUUGAAAGUUUAGUUUCUGAUCGAUAUACUCCAUAUAAUAAACCUAUCCAAGAUCAACGAGUAGACCGUCUAAUAGAAGAGGAACAGUUAAAAGACCCAACAAAUGUACAAAAAUUGAAAUACAAAGAAAAUGUUCUAGGAAAAAAUGUGUCACCAUCUUUGCAGAAAUAAUUGUUACCAAUAUUAACUUCUGCAAUAGCUAAAUCAUACUUGGAGGACUUUAUUCCAAAACUAGUACAGACAUCACAGGAUAUAUUUUUAUAGCAUAACUUAGCAGUGACUAUGUUCACACAAAAAACAAAAUGACGUACUGCAUGUUGACCAGAAUGUUAUUUACAGCUUCAAGUGGCAUUUUUUGAAAGUAAUUGUAUAAGUAGUAUAAUAAGAGUGUGGUAACUCCAUAUAAACGUAGCAGCGCGGCUUGGAUAUGUGCGCGGCCGCUGCACGCCGUGUACGGACGCACACAUUUGCGUAAUCUCGCGAUGCACUCGCGUAGCAUAACACUGAUCGUCGCGAUGAUUCAUGCCCAUUUUGUCGCGCGGACGCCCUCUUGCCAGAUGCAGUGACGAUUUGUGAAUCGCUGCUGCCAGCAGAUAGAUGCAAAGAGCUGAGGACCGGGUGAAGUGCCGCGCAUUGGAAGAGGCCUAUGUCCAGUGUUGAUAAUGAUGAUGCCCUUUUUGUACUUUUGGCAGGGCUCCGUCACUCGCUCAAGGUUACGCGAUAAGUGCCUACCGCUGAGUGCACCGAUG